UUGCGGACGCGUGUUGACUCAUACCUCACCUGCAUACGCCAGGAAUGACCUCAGACUACCUGCAGGAGUACCGUGCAUCACUCACAGGGUUCCACAAGGUUUUACAGGGAGAAACGACCGCCACUGUUUUCAUUAAGCGACAAGAUCAAAACACAACCAUGAUGUAAACAAUGGCUGGCCGGCUGGCGGUGUCUGUGGCGCUACUUGUGAGGGGGGCGGGAAGGUGUGGCUAUGUGCUACCUGGUGCUGGCCUGGUGACACGGGGAGACAGCGUCACAACAGGUCCCUCCUUGUGUGCAGCACGACCCACCUCAGCAGUCUUCAGGUGAGUAUUGGAUUCAUGCAGCACCUGGCAGGAUGCUCAGAGUGUGUAAUUUGUCACCAGUGAAGCCAUUAGCAGAUGCCGGUUGGCUCCAAGAGAGGAAGAUGUGGUAUGUAGUGGAAAGAAGUGUUUACAUGCAGCACUGCCAAGGAUUCUGUUCCAUGAAGCAGGAAGUGAAUGAGUUAUAUACCCUUUUUCCUCACAGGACACACAGCACCUGCAGGUUCAGGAUGAUUUCUCCACUCAGCUUCACGUCAACGGCCAGGAAAUGGAGGGGAGUCUCUCUCUGCUGCUGCUCCUCUCAGCACGCACGGAUGACACUGCCAGCAUCCAAUACUUACUGCAACAGGCCAAAGGAGCCGGGGUGAGGCCCAGUGGAUACACAAUGGAAAAACUUCUUGACACUUAUAUUAAAAGGAAACAUCUCAGUGCAGCUGUCAGUUUGUAUGGCAGUAUCAGAAGAGAGUAUUCUGAGACUGCCUUAGAUCACUGCACAGUGCUACACUUUUGUACAAUGUUAGUUGAAAGUGAAAAAUACAUAGAGGCAGCACAGACCUUGAGAGAAUUUGUGGAGACAGGCAAGAGACCAGAAGUUCCCCCAAAAAGUACUGCAGAAAGUUGCAAGGUUCUCCUUAGCAAAGCAGCAGAGGUAGGAGGUUAUGAGAUAGCAAAAGAAAUGUUUGACCUCCUCCUUUUGGGCAGACUGGUUGAUCCCGGGCCUCAGGUAGUUGCACCUUUGCUGCAGUGUAAACUAGACAGGAAUGACUUGCCAGGAUCUAUUGAGGUGGCUGAAUACAUAUACAAAAACUUCAACACUCUACCCAAGAGGAUGGAAAUCUUAAUCAGACUAAUGCAACACAACCCUCCCACAGAGGAGAACUUACUGCCUGUGCUAAAGAGAGAUGGCAUCCAAACUCAGCAAGACUCAGAUCUGCUGGGACGUAUGUUUGAGCUGGUCCAGGCCUGUUAUGGCCCAGCACAGGCUCAACAUGACUUGCUGUUUGCCUCCUUGGAGUCUGGAUAUCCAGAUGCUGCCUGGCUUGUGCUCCAGACAUUAGGGGGUGAUGUAGAUGGCCGCCAGGUUCUGAGGAUGUGCAAGAUAUAUGCUAAAAACCAGCGGGAAGUUGCCUUGGAACACCUUUUGGUGGCUUCAAAGGGAAUCACUAACAUUGAUCGUCUCAAGAUCAGUGAACUGCUGUUGGAUGCUUACACCAUCAGUAACGAGGCAGUGGGUGAGAAGGCUCUGUCCCUGUGGACCUCAAUGCAAGAGGAAGGCCUCACCCCUUCCCCCACCUUUCUUUCCAACCUGGCAACACUCUUGGAGAAGUGUGAGAUAAAAGUUCCAUUUCAAGGUCAAUGAAAUAAAGUUAUUUCUGACUCAGUGUUAUGAAAUGGAUUAAAUUAAACAAAGCAAUUAAUCUUGUCCUGCAGAGGAAAGUAUGAGUUGUAAAUGCUGGAAUGGGGAAUUAUUUAAUCCUGUGAGGUAGAACAGUUCUGUGGUACUUGAUGGCUGUGUGCAACAUGAUGAAUAGGAAAAAUGUUACUCUGUGUAUGAGUGUUUUAUGAAUCCAUUGGUCAGUAAUGUAGGAAUCAGGAAGAGCAAGGCCAGGGUUGUUACUGUAUUCUCUGCAUGUGGUAAAGAUGACUCGAAGAAAUAGAGCAAGGGGACUAUGGACUCUAUUGUUAUAAUUUUGACUUGAGAUGAGGCUUGACUCUUGUCUCUCCACUAGCCUUCUGUAAGCGGCAUAUCGACCAUGUAUAUUUAUUAACAGUUGCUAAUAAACACAUAAGUCUAU